UCUUCCGUUUUUCUAUUUUUCCAUCCUACUUCGGCUCUUUUUCAGUUCUCUCUCUCUGCCUUGUUUCAGUUCUUUCUUUGGUCACUGCUCUCUAACCUAGUUCCACAUUUUCACUCACCAAGUCUCAUCUUUAAGCUCAUAUUUCUCUUCAUUCACAUCACUUCUCUGAUCUGUCUCUUCACACUCUUUGACCCCGAUCAAAAUUUUGACCCUUUUUUCUCUCUCUGUUAAUGCUUUGCAUCAAGCCAUUCACAGAAAAACCCCUGUUUCCAUCUGGGUCUACCCUCUUUCUGGAUUUUUGUUAUCUGAUUUUGUAAAAUGGGUUGUUUUUUAUAUACAGAAAUUUGAUUCAAGAUAGGAGAUUUCUUAUAGAGAAAUUUUAGUACAUUUUGUCAACAAGGGCUUUUGGCAAUGGGCAGAGGCAGAGGAAAAGGGAAGAAACAAUCUGUAAUUGCUGAGGAUCCUGGAAGUGGUGAAGAGGAUAAAGUUCCAGCUUAUAGAAGAAGAGGAAGACCGGUGAAGCUACUAACAGAUGAAAUUGAAGAAGUGGAAGUAACUGAAAUAAUUGAGAAAGAUGAGGAGAAUGUGAAAGGCAAUGGUUCUACCAAUGAUUUGAAAACUCAGGCUAUCACAGUAAAUAAAAGAAAAAGGAAGAGAUCUACACAGGUUAAAGAGAAGAUAGAUCCCUUGAAAGAGGACAAUGGCAUCCUAGCAAAGCCAGGCCCUGAUGAUUCAAUAAAGUCUACUGGAUUCCGACAGAACAGGAGCCGGCGUAAGAACAAGCCUCGUCGUGCUGCUGAAGCCGGGGUAGAUUGCAAGUGAGCAAGGUUGUCUUGGUGGUUCUGUUUUAAGCCCUUGGAAUUAAUGGAGUUUUGUUAUCACGAGGCAGGGCUUGUUUGAUUGUGUAAGGCUUGUUAUGGUUGCUUGUUAUUACUCAUUUUGCUUUUGUAACUUUCAUGUGCUAUUUCUGAUUUUGAUUUUGAGGAUUCAUAGCAGACUGUGCUCCUUUAGUCUUCUAUAAAACUAUUGCCAAAAGAAAGCCUGAAAUUUUGUAGAUAUUCUUUUUUCAUUACGAGUAGGUACAAGAGGAUUUCUCAUUUCUCUU